GGCACUCACUUCAUUAGCGCAGAGUGGAGCUUCAGAUCAGGGUUAUUGUGGCGACCUUUUCAAACUGAAGCACUUUCAAAGAUAAUGUAUAAUUAAAUGCAUGAACUUGGCCUAUUGAAUCAACCAACUGACCUCUAAAAAGUCUUUUGUCUAAACUCCACUUUGCGCAUCAGAAAGCUGCAAAGAAGAGACGAGAGGAGAGACCAUGCACUGUCAAGCCGAGCUCAGGCUCUCCACCCCCGGGCAGCUCAAAGCGGCCAGGAGGCGCUACAAGACUUUCAUGAUCGACGAGAUCCUGUCCAAAGAGACUUGUGAUUAUUUUGAGAAACUUUCUCUUUACUCCGUGUGUCCUUCGCUCAUCGUGAGACCCAAACCUCUGCAUUCAUGUCCAGGCUCGUCAUCGUCUCUCCGCGGUUACCCGCUCCUCUCCGUGAUCACGCGGCAGCCCCCCACCCUGGCCCCCUCCCACCUGCCCCGGGACGCCUCUCCUCCGGUGGGGCUGCCCUCUCACCUGCAGCACCCCCGCGGCCCGGAGCCCUCGCCCAGCCAGACCCCCCUCAGCAUCAGCAGCGAGUCGGACACGGAGCACGGCACGGCACGCCUCAAGAAGCCGCGUCGCAGUCGGACCAUCUUCACCGAGCUGCAGCUCAUGGGUCUGGAGAAGAAGUUUCAGAAGCAGAAGUAUCUGUCCACGCCUGACAGGUUAGACCUCGCUCAGUCGCUCGGGCUCACUCAGCUCCAAGUGAAGACGUGGUACCAGAACAGACGCAUGAAGUGGAAGAAAAUGGUCCUUAAAGGAGGUCACGAGGCCCCCACCAAACCCAAAGGCAGACCAAAGAAAAACUCCAUCCCCACGACGGAGGAGAUUGAAGCUGAGGAGCGCAGACUACAGCUGGAGGAGGAGGAGGAGAGGAGGCGGAAGGCGGCCGGAGAGACCGCGCUAGAUCCCGAACACGAAGAGGAACAGGAGGUGUUUUUGGAGGACGCGAGGGAAACCGGAACUCAUAACGCGUCCGAGGAAGCCGAGAAGAUGCAGCUCGUAAUGCCGUCAGAAUCCCAAAAUAAAAGUUAAAUGUUACCGUCGAUGUGCCAAAGACUGACGCCAGCGAGAACAAACAGUGCCUCAGGGUCACUGUAAAAUGCCUGUGUUGUUAUGGCCAUACGCUUUAAAUAGGGGUUGUGACUCGAACCAAAAUUCAACGUGUAGCCUUGGUAUUAAAUGGUAAUAUCUGAGCUGUAAUGACGCUCGUUGCACUGGUAAAAAUCAGGAAUUUUCAAAACACGUCUAUCAUAAUCUGCCUCAAGUUUCCUACGUGCCAAAAUAUCAAUGUUUGCCUUAAAUGUCGUAUAACAGACCUUCACUGCCAGAACUAUUUGUUGCUACGCAGUGCCUUCCUUGUUCUCAAAAGAAAUUUCACUUUCAGUUUGAAGUGAAUUUCACAGUGCAGUUAUUAAUUGUUUAUAAGAAAUUUAUAUCGAGUAAAUUUGCAAAACUGUAUUCUAUGAAUGUAAAGCCAUAGACUGUAAAGUUGUGUAGAAAGGUGUGAAAUAUUAAUAUGUCAUGUCAAAAUACAAGAGUUUUCCGUGUUUUUGCCUUUUCCGUUUUUAUUUUAUUUUACAGAGCCGUGAAUUCUUCCAUUUUGUGACGUCUGAUUCCUGAACAACACAUUUAGAGCAGAGCCGUGCAUGAGCCUCUCACUGUGUUGUAUUAUCACAACACUGUUUUUACUUGUUUGCCUCUGACUUCUACAUCCACAGUUUCUUUUUUUUAAAGAAUUAUAAAUAUGUAUAUGUAUUUUUAUUUUUCAUAUAAUGCAGUAUUUUUCAGAUGUAAAUAGUGCCUUGUUGGGAGCUUGUUUGACGUUUUUAUGUGUAUAAAGUUAUUUUUACUCCAAGUGUGUGUUUAUGUAUUUAAAUGCACUUAAUAAAAUUAUAUCACUUUGAG